AUGGCUACAAUUGCAUCACAGGUCAUUCUCCACCCUUAUGUUUCUCAGUCCUUGAAAUUUGGAUCAUUUAAUGUCGGCCGGGAUAAGCUCUACCGCACAGUUCAGUAUUUUUCUCGGUUCCUCGCCUGGUUCCUCCUCUCUCGAGGCAACAAAGUUGAAGCUGCUCGAUGGACAGCUCUCAAGAGUCACCUAGGGAUUGUCCGUAAAGUCAUGCGACUUGGGAAACCUGUCGAGCACCUCCAAGCCGCAUUGCGUGCUGCUUCAUCAUCAGGUGAAGUUGGCGAACAAGUGGCCAGCAUCGGUCGGCAGCUCGCCUACUUUGGGUAUCUUACAUAUGACACAGCUCUGUGGGCGAACGCCGCAAAGUUUAUUGUUCUCAAGCCUGGCACUGCCGAGAAGGUUACAAAGACAUCCAACAGAUUCUGGCUGGCUGGGAUCUUAUUCAGCAUUACACAUGGAUUGCUGAAGGCCGGACGACUAGCUCACGACGCAAAGAAGUUACGUAACUCCCAGACUUGGGGAGAAAAGGACCUCGGCGAUGAAGCUCAAAGAGAAGUCAGGCGACUCGCGCUUGAAAACCUGCGUGCAGAUACGCGCCACCAAUUCAUUAUCGACCUUUUCGACAUUUUGAUACCCGCUUCCAACUUGGGUCUUGUCAAUGUCAACGACGGGAUUGUUGGCUUUGCUGGUUUCAUUUCAUCUCUCAUGGGUCUUCGUGCUCAAUGGCUUACCAUCAACAAUGGAAAGAAAAGCUGA